AUGCCAUCUUUUGGAAACGCUCACAAAAUGUCUACAACAGUUGAACCUACUGUGUGCCUCUCCUCAUGGCCAAAAAAGACUCGAAAGUCAACAGUGAAACCAUGUCCUAUCUACACCAAAAACAUCAUAUCAUCGUCAAAUGAAAACUCUCCUAACCGAGAAAUUGUAUUAUCUCCUUUGCCGUCAGGGCAUCUUGAAACUGCAAAUAAAUUUUGGCAGUUUAAAGUUGAAGAAGGUCUAAUUACCUACGUACGGUAUGGUAGCAUUCGGUCUGAUGGUAGUCUCAAGGAGCGAGCCAUACACGUUCAACAUCAUUCAAGCUAUCUUGAUGCAAAAAAAUUUGUUGAAAAUUUAGUUGAUGAAAAAAUCAAAGCCGGUUAUGUUGUCACUUCACUCUUUUCACUUUCAAUAUUGGAAGUGAAUAAAUAUGAUAGCCUCGUUAUAUCAGACGAGACUACAUUAGUUUUUAAAGUCCUUUUACAUUUUGUGAAAGGUCAAAAACUAUCAUGA